CAGGUUAUAAGUUGUAAGUCCAGGCGGCUGUUAGUAAUUCCUCCUCGAAGUCUUUGGAUCAUAUUGCGACUUGCUCUGCUUUGCUUCACCACCAGACCCUCCAAACCACCUUCAGCUUCAAAGAAUACACUUCAACGAUGUGCGGAAUUUUCGCCUACCUGAAUUACAGAGUGCCACGGACGAGGGGGGAUAUCAUUCAGACCCUCAUAAAGGGACUUCUAAGACUGGAGUACAGGGGUUAUGACUCUGCAGGUGUUGCAGUAGAUGGCCCAGGAAAAGAUCACACCGCUAAUAUCAGCCUCUAUAAGAAGACAGGGAAAGUGAAAGCUCUUGAUGAAGAAAUCUACAAGAACAACUCCAUCGAUCUUGAGGCAGAACUGGACACACACUUUGGCAUUGCACACACUCGCUGGGCCACGCAUGGGGAGCCCAGUGCGCUCAACAGCCACCCUCAUCGAUCCGACAAAAACAAUGAGUUUGUUGUCAUCCACAACGGCAUCAUCACAAAUUACAAGGAGCUGAAAAAGUACCUGGUUUCCAAAGGCUAUGAGUUUGAGUCGGACACAGACACAGAGGUCAUCCCUAAGUUGAUCAAGUAUCUCUAUGACAACCGCGAGAAUGAUUAUGUGUCCUUCUCCACCCUAGUGGAGCGCGUCAUCCAGCAGCUGGAAGGGGCAUUUGCUCUGGUUUUCAAAAGCAUUCAUUUCCCAGGAGAGGCUGUUGCCACCAGGAGGGGCAGCCCGCUGCUUAUUGGCGUGCGCAGUCAGUAUGAGCUUUCUACCAAGGAGAUCCCCGUCCAGUACAACUGUGGUGAUUCCAGGAUAGAUGAACAGGAGAAAAACUUACUGAACCAAGUGGGCAGCACCAAUGCCUUGCACUCAGUCCAUGACAGAUUGGCGGUGGAGUUUUACUUUGCCUCUGAUGCUAGUGCCAUCAUUGAGCACACCAACAAGGUGGUUUAUCUGGAAGACGAUGACGUCGCCGUGGUGGUGGAGGGGAAGUUGUCUGUGCACCGUGUUAAGCGUAAAGUUGGGGAAGACCAUGUCCGUCUCAUUCAGACCCUACAGGUGGAGCUCCAGCAGAUCAUGAAAGGUAACUUCGAGGCUUUCAUGCAGAAGGAGAUCUUUGAGCAGCCUGAAUCUGUCUUUAACACCAUGAGAGGCAGAAUCUGCUUUGACAGCAACAUAGUUCUUCUUGGUGGACUGUCCGACCAUCUAAAGGAGAUCAAGAGAUGCAGACGCUUGAUCAUUAUUGGCUGUGGAACCAGUUACCAUGCGGGAGUAGCAACACGUCAGAUCCUUGAGGAGUUGACUGAGCUUCCUGUUAUGGUCGAGUUGGCCAGCGAUUUCCUAGACCGCAUCACGCCAGUUUUCAGAGACGAUGUCUGUUUUUUCAUCAGCCAGUCGGGUGAAACAGCGGACACUCUGAUGGCGCUACGCUACUGUAAGAAGCGCGGGGCACUGACUGUGGGCGUCACCAACACCGUGGGCAGCUCCAUCUGCAGAGAGACCGACUGUGGAGUUCACAUCAAUGCUGGGCCUGAGGUCGGAGUCGCCAGCACUAAGGCUUACACCAGUCAGUUUGUGUCUCUGAUCAUGUUUGGUCUGAUGAUGAGUGAAGACAGGCUCUCAAUGCAGCAGAGAAGACUGGAGAUCAUCAAUGGCCUCAAAAAAUUGCCAGAGUUGAUCAAGGAAGUUCUGGCUCUUGAUGACAUCAUCAAAAGCCUUGCAGAUGAGCUCAACCAUCAGAAGUCUCUUUUGGUCAUGGGUCGAGGCUAUAACUAUGCCACCUGCCUAGAGGGGGCGCUGAAAAUUAAAGAGAUCACGUACAUGCACUCAGAGGGCAUUAUGGCUGGAGAGUUGAAGCACGGCCCUUUGGCGUUGAUCGACAAGCAUAUGCCAGUCAUCAUGAUCAUUAUGAAAGAUGCCUGCUACCAAAAGUGCCACAAUGCCUUGCAGCAAGUCACGGCUAGACAGGGCCGCCCCAUCAUCAUAUGCUGCCAGGACGACCCAGAGAUCAGUAAAAUGGCAUAUAAGACUAUUGAACUUCCUCAGACGGUGGACUGUCUGCAGGGCAUCCUCAGUGUCAUUCCACUGCAGCUCAUGUCUUUCCAUCUGGCAGUUCUCAGAGGAUAUGAUGUGGACUGCCCAAGGAACCUGGCCAAAUCUGUGACAGUGGAGUAGCUCCUCACAGGAAAUGUGAACUAAUCAAGGUAGAAGAGGAGAAUACUGACCACCCAAGUGCAAUUACCAUUGUGUGUGUUUAUGUGUGUUUGCAACUGUGUGAAUGUGGAAGUGUGGGUAUUUAUAAAUUAUGAUCAAUUCCCUAAAGGCCACAAGACCUGAAUGGAUGCGGUGAGGGGGUGGGUGGGGGGGGGGAUAUUUUAUUCUAGUGAGAUAGUGAGACAUAGUAACUUUUGCUACAUAAGUGCCUCAGCAUCCAAGUGCAAAUGAAGGGAACCCCUAAACUGUGCCUUACACCCUUUUCUCUCAGCUCUUAGCUGAGCCUGAAGGAUCACAACUGUCUAAUGUUUACCUCUGACCGGGGGCGGUUCUAGGAUUUCAUCCUCAGGGGGGUUAAAGCCCUCGGUGAGAAUCUGUAGCAAGAGACCAUUGCCUAAGUGGUGCAUCUUUUAAUCUUAUUACCGUACUAUAUAGUAAGUCAGAAGUAGCCUACCGGUACUUAGAUUGGUACUAAGUCAAUACAAAAUGUUUUCAAUGAUCUUAUGAUACCUGUCUUUUUGCUGUACAGUUCAAAUCAGUACACUGUAAAUGGUUAGUCAAACAGUAAUUAGAUAUUUAUUUGCCCUGCCAAAACAUUUACUUGCCUAAAUAAAUAAAUCAAGUAAACGUAUGAAACGGGA